AUGGAGGAAGGUGGAAUGAGGAACAAAAUUAUGUCUUCCGAUGGAUGUGAGAUCGACACGAUAUUUUUGGAUCGUAGGGGGGUCAAGAAAACCCGGGUCGGCAGAUUUUUAGUCCUCUGCCUAGAAGGGAACCAAUCGUAUUAUGAGUGGGGGAUGAACAGAACCGCCAUCCAAGCAGGAUACUCAGUUCUUGGGUUCAACAGACCCGGAUUCGGGGAGUCCACUGGGCACCCCUUUCCGAAGUUUGAGUUGAAUGCAGCUGAAGCCAUAAUGCAAUAUUGUCAGGAGGUACUGGGGUUUGAUGAUAACCACAUCAUCAUCUACGCCUGGUCGAUCGGGGGAUUUCCCGGCUCUUAUCUUUCAGGACAAUACCCCAACAUCCGGGGUUUGAUAAUUGAUGGAAGUUUCGAAGACGUUUUGCCUGUGGUACUAAACUUUGUACCCAGAUGUCUGUCCAUUUUGGUUCGAAUUAUGAUCCGAAGUCAAUUUGACUUGCGGAGCAGCCUUGAGCUUGUACGGUAUCAUAGACCGAUCCGGAUUUUCCGACGAACGCGUGAUGCCAUUAUGGCCCAUCCACCGGGGGAAAUUGCCACCAAUCGGGCAAACAUGUUACUAGCGGACGUACUCCUACAAAGACAUCCCAUUCUGAUGAACAAUGCACUUGCCUUUGCGGCACUUACGGAGUGGUUGAGCGUCCCACACAUUCGAGGUAGCACAUCAAUAUUGCGAAAAUUUUAUUUUUACAAUACAGUCAUGGUCACACAUUUUGUAUAA